AUGCUGGUGCCUGUGCUUGUUGAUGCUGCGGGGUGCGAGUGGAGUUUGCUCGAGUUCCAGGGCGAGUUACUCCCCAGUGGCGGCAAGGGCGCGCUGGACCUGCAGGGGGUGGACAUUGGGACACUUCGUUUCGGACACGCGGGCGUACUGACGCUGCGCAUUGGGACGCACGUGUUGACUGGCACAGUGCAAACUCUGCCAAAACCGUUUGCGAUCCUGCACAAGAGCGACGCCAGUCACGCGAUGGACGGGACGACCGACGGCAGUGUCGGAGCAGCAGCGGCACAGGUCCAGUACGAAGUCGUGGGCAUUGCCCGCACGCGCGUCGUGUUCGCCUCCCGACCAAAGCCUGUGCUCGCGUAG